AUGGCGCACGGUGAACUAGCACUUUUCCCUGUACUAUCGGUACUAUUCGCAUUACUAGCCUUCUUUAUCGGAUAUGGAAUUGCCGUUUCAAAAGGGCAUGUUGAUGCUUUUCUUCCAUUCAUUAGCGAUUGUGGCGCCAUACAGCCGGAAAGCAGCAUUUUUGGACAACUUUUCAAUAUUUCUGCAUUUUUUUUCCAGGCCAAGCUACUCUUAUUUCAGAUAUGACAUGUUUGUUCGGGGAGCCAUUUGUGAAAUCCGUAAAUGGUACAAAGCCCGUCGAAGAUGUGCCCCCUACAGGAAUAGUGCGACAUAAGCAGGGAGACCCGUUUUACGUCAACUGGUUGGCAACUACAAUUUCUGAAUGGGUGUUGGCGCUUCUGAUCGAGUUCUAUGUCCUCACUUACGCUUAUGACCUUAGCAGGAACUUUAUGUCAUCAACGAAAGGAUCCCAUUGUAGCAGUGUAAUAGAUGGACACCUGAAGCGAAUGAGUUACGAGCCUCCUGUUGAUCAUGGAUACCCGGAACAGUUUUCAUCGGCAGGAGCAUACUUUGGAACGCCUUCCCGUCGACGACUUUACAGGGUCGACCAAGUAUACGCGUCGAGUGGUUACAAUCCACCUCGGGCACUUCCUCGAACAAUGAUCGCACCAACAUCAAAUGGCGAUCGAUAUCAAUACUUUUAA